UAUCCCAGAUGAUUGCCAGUUGCCAAUGCCAGGUCCUUUGUUGUUCGUGCCUUACAAAAGUUGAGAAGUUAAGGUACCGACCCCAAACUGCGCAUCAUCAUCGCUCCUGCCACUUUCAACCGAUUAACUUGUGCCGAUCAAAUUGCAUCGCUGAGACCACUUCUGCCUUUCACCAUCAGGCGAUCGGCCAGUGCCAUUGAGCGACAGUAUUUUUGAGCGCAGCACAACCUGAUCCCUGCAGCAAAUAGCUCACGAUGGGCUCUCAUGAUGCUAAGGCUGGGGGUCACCAGGCCCCCUCAAGCCCGAAAAUCAAGCAGGAACCUGACGCGGCCGAUCCGCGGGUCCAUCUGGACCUUCCGGAAGCGACCCGGACAUCCCAGGCCCCGUCCGAGGUAAACUCCAAGUCGUUCUACGGCCCCCCCAAGCUGCCAUUCCGCCCACCCAACAUGGAAGAGGGUGAAAUUGUCGAGCCGCCUGCGGAGACAAUUUCGUGGCCCGAAUCCAGUCCCUUUCCCCGCGCGCUUCACCGGCGCGAUCCCUUGGCCGACGUUCCUUCCCAAAGGUCGGCCAAUUUCGAGCCCGUCAGCAACAAUCGGCGCCGAGGCUCGGCCAUGUCCCCUCCAUCCGGGCGCCGCCGGCGCCGCGGCAUUGUCCCCAUGGGCUUCGAUACCUUUUCCGCUCUCCGGCCUGUACCGCAGGCUUCUGCGAAACCCGCCCGGCCCAAGCCGAACUCGCUGCCCUCUUCGGGUUCCCAGCGUACCGGCACGUCCAACGCGUUGCAACCUGCGCCGACGCAACUCCUUUCACUCGAGUGCCAGCGCCGCCGCUUCAACCCCCAGUUUGUGGUAAAGGAAGCUUCCAGCAACGUCUUCACCUGCUCAGUUAAGCUGCGGGACAUUACCAUCCAUGGCGACAAAGCGCACAGCUCCUCGAUCGAUGCGAAGCAUGCGGUCGCGGCGAAGGCACUCCCGAUUGUUCGGAAGUGGCCCAUUUGCUCGUCUGAGCUGGCACAGCCGUAUCGCAAGGACCACGUGGCGAGCACCCGUGUCAAAGAGGAACACCGGGCCCUGACCCGUGCUGCUCCAAAGUUGGAGCAGGACACCGUGAUGGCCGAUGUGCCCGCGGUGCAUGGUAGAGACGGGGGGGCCACUGGCCUGCCCUCCCGCGGCCGCAAGCUCGACAGUGUUGCGGAGCGGGCCGAGGUGCUCGACCAGAUGCGGCGCAUGACGCGCGGCGCUCUGCCCGAGCACAUACUCGACAACGCCGAGUCUGCCCGCGUCUUUCUCGAGGGCCUGGUGGCCGGCGUUCGGGCGGCUCGCCUGUUUGAGCCGGCCACUCGUGCCCGCUCGCGUUCCCCGGCCGCCGCGCCUCGGUCGUCCGCAAGCUACCGCGAGCGCUCUCCGCCGUUUGGUCCUUCAGUCGGCUACCGUGACCUGGACGCUCCUUCCACCGAUGAUCCUCCUUGUCAGUUUACGGACCUGUACCCGCGUCCCCGCCGGGAUCCCAACCUGCCCAGCACGGAUAGAUAUCGUCCGGACAUGGAUAGUUACCGCCCGGAUUACGCGAACGGGCCUCGUUACGCCAGCAGUGGGCCUUCAGAGAAGGAGUGGCCUCACGAUAAGUUCCGUCCUUAGGCUGCUUCCCUGUGGAAGCCCGCCUCGGCUCGUGUACGGGCCGUUGGCAGCCACAUCGCUGGCAGGGUUUUCUUUGUUGCAUUUCCUCUCACCACGUUAUCAUCAAGCAUACUUAUCAAGGUCGGUCUCGGAUUUUGGGCCCUGGUAGCUGGGGAUGCCACUUACAUCAUCAAGCGCCGGGAAUUCGGGGAGGAAAU